AAUGCACACCUUAAAAAAUAUAAAAAAAACAAGCAAUUUAAUGAAACAGCACCUGCACCCAUUGAAGAAGCAUCCGUUGAAUUUAAUGAAGAAUCUAAUGAAGAAAUAUGCCCAAUUAUGGACCAUAAUUUAUG